AUGGGAAACUUCAGAUUUCCUGUCAAAGUCAAACUUCCUUCUACCUUUCUGAAUGCUAGGGUUAUCAGAGACAAUUUCAAAAGACAACAGGUAGCUGAACAUGAAAUCACUACCAAAGCACUCAAAUACAUAGCGAGAAACACAACUCUACCUCCCAAAGCCAGACUAGAGGCCCAAUUACGCUUGAGUGUGAUGCCAAAUUACACCAGAAUGUCACAAGUGAAAAAUAGAUGUGUGGAGACUGGACACGCAAGAGCAGUACUUAGUGAUUUCAGGCUGUGCAGAACGCAGUUCAGAGAGAAGGCUAGAAAUGGAGACUUGCCGGGCGUAAAGAAAGGUGUUUGGUAA